AUGAGUGUCCCAUUCGAACAAGCAAUAGAAGAACUUUCCACAAUAUUUGGUGGAUUUGACAAAGAAAUUAUAGAAACUGUCUUAAGACAAAACAAAGGUCAUAUGGAAAAAACAAUUGAUGCUUUAUUGGAAAUGAAUGGAGAACAACCAAUAAAUGAAAAUACUGACCAAGAUCAAAAUUUAGCACAAAUUGAACAAGAUGAAAUGUUUGCAAGGAUGAUGCAAAAUCAAUUAUUUAUAAAGGAGUUAAGAAAUGAUGAAGAUUUUUCAGGUUUUUUCAAUAAUAAUAGUGUCGAAAAUAAGAGAAAUAAUAAUAAUAAUAAUAAUAAUAAUAAUAAUAAUAAUAAUAAUAAUAAUAAUAAUAAUAAUAAUAAUAAUAAUAAUAAUAAUAAUAAUAAUAAUAAUAAUAAUAAUAAUAAUAGCAAUAAUAGUAAUAACAGAGGACUUACUCCAAAAGAAGAAUUGGAACAAUUCCAAAGGGAGAAAGCUUUGAGACAACAAAGACAGCAACAAUAUGAUGAAGUAGAGGAACCAAGUGCAUUCUCUUUGUUUGAAGAAGAUUUUCAGGAUAUUAAAGAGAAAUUCAAUCAAUUAGGAGAGGCUGCCAAAACAAAAUUUAAGGAAUUAACCGAAAUGUUUAACAAAAAAGAAGAAACUAAAUACGAACCAACAAAAGAAGAAAGCGAUGAAGAAAAUGAAGUUAUAGUAUAUGAUAGAUAUAAUAAAAAUAUUAAUAAUAGACGUAAUCAUACAGGUAUAAACUCGAAUUACUCUUUAAAUAAUAGCGACGGUGGUGAAGAGGAAGAGUACGAUUCAUUUAUUUUAGAGUCUGAUAGAAAUAGGACCGGUAGUAGAUUAAGAUCCACAGCAGCUAUUAAUAGUUAUAGUGAUAAAAAAAAAGAUUAA